GCUGGCGAGGAUGGAAAGUUUACUCUACAACCAUGUUCAUAUACAGCCCAUGGGAACAUAUCACAAAACUACUUGCAAGAACUUUUUGGUAGUUUUCCAUUUCAUGGACCAGGUAGCAAUGAAUUGCAAGAUGCUGAAACCAGUGAUGAGGAUUAUCAGAUAUAUGAACACUAUAGUGAUGACAACUACACUGAUGACAACGAGUAA